AUGGACUUCGUCAAAACACUUGUCGUCUCUCCAGAGAUCAACCCCAGUAAUCGAAAGGCCUUGUCAAUCCCCGUCCUCAAUCCAUUUGACCAAUAUGGAAGAGUUUUCUUCUUUUCGUGGCUCGGGUUCAUGGUGGCAUUCCUGUCGUGGUAUGCAUUUCCGCCUCUGUUGACUGUCACGAUCCGAGAAGACCUUCAUAUGACUCAAGCCCAAGUGGCGAAUUCGAACAUCGUUGCUCUCCUUGCAACAUUUCUCGUCAGAUUUGUUGCUGGUCCGUUAUGUGAUCGCUAUGGACCUCGUCUGGUUUUCAUUGGACUACUUUUAUGUGGUUCUAUUCCUACCGCAAUGGCAGGCCUCGUCACAAAUGCCCAAGGCCUGAUUGCACUACGCUUUUUCGUCGGCAUUCUUGGGGGCACUUUCGUCCCCUGUCAAGUGUGGUGCACAGGGUUCUUUGACAAGAAGAUCGUUGGCACUGCCAAUUCCCUGGCAGCUGGGUGGGGAAAUGCAGGUGGUGGGAUCACAUAUUUCGUGAUGCCUGCUCUCUACGAUUCCCUUAUCUCUGCCCAAGGUCUUGCUCCACACAAGGCAUGGCGAGUUGCCUAUGUGAUCCCUUUCAUCAUAAUCGUGGGUGUGUCCUUGGGCAUGCUUUUCACCUGCGAGGACACACCCACAGGUAAAUGGUCAGAGCGCCAUAUCUGGGACCGUGAGAACAGACGAUCAGGAGAAAACAACAACAUCGUCGAUCUCAACUCGGGCAACCUAUCUACUCCGCUUUCUAGUCCUCCUUCUAUCACAAACGUUGUCGCAGAUGUGGAAAAGAAAGGCACGCAGUCGCCUUAUUCGGUGGAUAACGAAGGUCAAGUGAUCGGACAAUUCGACGUCCUGAAGAACGACGUUAUCGUCGCCCCUACCCGCAAAGAGGCCCUGAAAGUCAUUUUCAGUCUCUCUACUGCAGCUGUCGCCAUCCCUUACGCUUGCUCCUUUGGAGCUGAGCUCGCUAUCAACUCUAUUCUGGGCGAGUUCUAUUCCGAAAACUUCCCUCACAUGAGCCAGACCCAGUCAGGCAGGUGGGCUGCUAUGUUCGGCCUUCUCAAUGUUGUCUUUCGACCGGCUGGAGGUUUCAUCGCCGACAUCCUUUACCGCUAUACAGACUCGGUGUGGUCAAAGAAACUUUUUCUUUCCUUCUUGGGUAUUGUCAUGGGCGCCUUCCAGCUAGCAAUGGGCCUUUCAAACCCCAAGAGCGAAGCAAACAUGUUCGGGCUCACAGCUGGUCUGGCCUUCUUCCUCGAAGCAUGCAACGGUGCGAACUUCGCCGUUGUCCCUCAUGUCCACCCCUUUGCCAAUGGAAUUGUCUCCGGUGCCGUCGGGGGCAUGGGUAACCUGGGAGGUAUCAUCUUCGCCAUCAUAUUCCGAUACAAUGGCAAACACUACGCCCGAUCGCUCUGGAUUGUUGGAGUCAUUGCCAUUGCCGCCAACAUCGCUGUCGCGUGGAUUCGUCCGGUGCCCAAGAGCCAGAUGGUGCGAUAA